AUUUCUAAUUUUUUUCUACAACUACAUUUGUAUGCAAACUAUGUCUCAAAAAACAUCAUUCUACCCUCAAGUUGAAUCCACAAACCCAGACGCAAAUUCACCCUUUUCUCAUUCCUCAUCUUCUUCUACCAUGUAUCCUUCAAUCACCACCAACAACCUCUCCUCAGAAUAUCAAAACACUACACAAACACAAGCAUCAGAACAUGUUCUUGUCACUGUCCCAAACGUGAUUCUCCACCUCAUAGAGAAAGACUCAAGCGUCCACCUAGCUUCCGGAGACUUAACUAUAGUAAGCCUUAAAGAAGAAGAAAAAGUGGUAGCAGUUCUUGCACGCAUAGGUGAUCAAAUCCAAUGGCCAUUAGCCAAAGAUGUUUCAACAGUAAAACUCGAUGAGUCGCAUUAUUUCUUCACUCUUAAGCUUCCACAGAGUGAUGAUGAAGUUUUGAACUAUGGAUUGACAGUGGCGGCAAAAGGGUCAAAGAAAGUUUUGAAGAAACUUGAUGAGGUUCUUGAAAAGUACAGUCUUCUUUCUGUUGAGAAGGUGAAGGGUGUUAAAGGGUGGGAGGUUUUGGAGAAAAAGGAAGAUGUAGAGGAAAAUUCUGCUGCUGCUUAUUGGACAACGUUGGCACCAAACGUGGAGGAUUAUAGUGGAAGAUUUGGUAGAUGGAUUGCUGCAGGUUCAGGACAAAUGAUCAGAGGAAUUUUGUGGUGCGGUGAUGUUACUGUUGAUAGAUUGAAAUGGGGUGAUGAUUUCAUGAAGAAGAGGUUGCAACCUGGUUCUUCUCAAUCACAGAUUAGUCCACUUGCCCUGAAUAGUAUGAAAAGUGUUAAGAAGUUGACAAAGAUGUCUGAGAAAGUGGCUCUUGGUGUUCUCUCUGGAGCUGUUAAGGUGUCUGGAUUCCUUACUAGUUCAGUGGUGAACUCUAAACCAGGGAAGAAGUUUUUUAGCUUUCUUCCUGGAGAAGUUCUACUUGCUUCUCUUGAUGGAUUCAAUAGGGUAUGUGAUGCUGUUGAAGUAGCUGGAAGGAAUGUUAUGUCCACUUCAUCAGUUGUGACCACUGGACUUGUUUCACACAAAUAUGGAGAAAAAGCAGCUGAGAUUACAAAUGAAGGGUUUGAUGCUGCAGGGCAUGCAAUUGGUACAGCUUGGGCUGUGUUCAAACUUAGGAAGGCACUUAACCCCAAGAGUGUGAUCAAACCAACAACACUAGCUAAAGCUGCUGUCCGAGCAAGUUCUGCUCAACUGAAGAAAUAACAAUUAUAAUACACUAGUUUUAUUAGUUUAUCAAUAUGUUAGUUUUGUCUCUCUAAUUAUCAUGUGUAUUUUAUAGUGUUUUUUUUGCAGAAGUGUAUUGUUUAGUUAAUUAUAGAUGAUCAGGAAAAAGGGAUUAAGUUUGUUACAUUUCCACCAGUCCAAAAUAUAGAAUAUAGAUUUUACCAUCUGUUUUUAGAUAGGCUGUUUAACAGUUUUUUUAUCAGAUGCAAAAUAUCUAAACCACAGUGGUGUUCUCUUUACUGGUCUACUGUCCAUGGUGCACUUGAAAUUUAAUGGAUAUGUGAGAAUUUUCAAUUGUUAAUUCCAUUGAUUUGUUUU